CGCCUGCGUCGGGCUCUCAACUUUUGGUUCUUCUUCACUCAUUCAUUGUCACAUUGCAUCUUCAACUUCGUUCUUUCGAAGCCCCAAGGUAUCCUGUUCUUCUGACAUAGCGCGCUGCUCGAAAUGGUCCGCAGGCUCUCUGCCGGCCAUUUAUUAGCCACCGCUAUAUCCCUAAUCAUUCCUACCCAAGCCGUGAGCCUGGAAGCCACACUCGCGGACCAGGCAAACCUCACAGCGUUCCGCGGUUUAGUAAAGAAUCACACCCACGUAUUCGCCGAUCUGCCCGAGGGCGUGACUGUUGUCGCUCCAACCGACAAUGCCUUCGGCAAAGUCGGCGACUGGGGAACGUACAACGCAAGCGUGGUCGAGGCAACGCUGAAGUACCACAUCCUCAAGCAGGCAAUUGCCAUGCCCUCCAUCGCCAAGGGCGACUCCAUAUGGGCAUCGACGAUCCUGACCGACCAGGGAUUUGCCAACGUGACCAACGGCCAACGGCUUCUCCUGACCAAGCAGCCGGGCGGAGAGGUGGUCCUGACCUCGGGCUUCGCGACGCGGGGCACCGUAGUGGUGGAGGAUGUCGCAUUCGACCACGGGCUGGUGCAGAUCAUCGACUCGGUGAUGCGCAUCCCCGAGUCUCUCCCCUCGACCGCCCGCAGCGCGUACACGGACCUCACGGCCUUCGUCGGCGCGCUUUACGCCACCGAUCUGAUGCGCGAGCUCCUGAACGAAAAGGACGUGACCAUCUUCGCGCCGCACAACGCCGCCUUCCAGCAGCUCGCGGGCACGCUCGCGGCCAUGGACAGGGAGAAGCUGCGGCGCGUGCUGCGGUACCACAUCGUGCCGGGGCGCGUGGCGCACCUCUGGGAGCUGCGCAACGGCAGCGCGCUCGCCACGGCCGACAGCGGCAACAGGGCGACGGUCACGCGCAGCAACUUUGUCUAUGUCAACUCGGCCCGGGUCAUCCAGUCCGACAUCCUGAUCGCGAACGGGGUCGUGCACAUGGUCGAGGGCGUCCUUAACCCGGACAAGGCGGACGCGCGGCCCGAUGAGACGCUCACCACGGCCCAGCCGCCUGUCUUUCCGUCGCUUGUUGGGCCGACGGCUACGGGCUCGACGGUGCCGACGCCGUUUGCGUCCGCGUUGCCGUGCACGGCCAGCUGUGCUACUACGCGGCCGAGCGCUGCUGCUACGGGGGCGGGUGAGCAGGGGGCUAGCUCAAAGAAUGCUGGGGUGUCUGCAAGAUGUACAGGAUUGGUUGGGGCGGGUGUUGGUGUUGGGUUGAUGGUUGGUGGUCUCAUGCUGGGGUUGUAGUAGUCUAUACUGUUUAUACUGGGAUACCUUCAACAACGACAACAUUCAGGGGCAGAGUGGUGGAUGCUUGAUACUCUUUGAUUGUCUUCUAUUCGCAGAUACCCUUCUUCUGAGUCAAUGGUAUUCCAUUUUAUAUCUCGUUUCACGGUUACAAUAGAGCUCCCUCCAUUGUUCAACAUCACGCUGGAUUGUGCGAGAUCAUUUUGUAGUACAAUAGGGGUAUGUCUCACCCGUCACCCGCG